UAAGUUUAACACAUGUGUGAAUAAUUAUAAAAUUAACAUACAUCAAUUAUUAAUUCAUUAAUAAAUCAUCACUUUUUGUAUUACAAUCUAUGGAACUUUCGAUUUACGGACAAUUGCAAUGUCGACAAACAUCAAUGACGGUCUAGUUUGUAAAAGUGAUGCAUGUAAAGAAAUAGCUGGUGAAAUUAUUCGUGGAAUGAAUCAAUCAAUGGACCCAUGCAAUGAUUUUUUUAAUUAUGCUUGUGGUAAUUGGCAUAAUGGAUUAUCUCAUCAAAGUCACUUUCAUAUAUUAACUAAUGAAACUAGUUUCCGGUUAAAAGAAAUAUUUGAGUCUCCAUGGUCACCUGAGGAUACCUCUGCAUUAACUAAAGCUAAAAAAAUUUAUAGAACUUGUAUGAAUGAAGAUUUUAUUGAAAAAAGGGGAAUAACGGAUCUUGUAGAGUUAAUAGAUAAUAUAAGUGGUUGGCCAAUGGCGAUGAGUACAUACGAAUGGGUACAUAAAAAAAAAUCAUGGCAAGAAAUAGACAAAAGUUUUCGACAGAUAUUAGGAAAUUCUCCUUUGUUUAAUUUAAAAGUUUUGGCAGAUAUUGAGAACUCGACGAAUAAUAUUAUAACGAUUGCACCGCCAAUAGAGGGUAUUGCUGAAUAUAUAUCUCCAUUAGUAUCAGCAUCAUUAACAUUAAGUCAAAUUUUAAAUUUACCUAGUGUUAUGAAAUAUCAUAGUAUUAUUGAAGACUCUUGCAGACUUAUUGCCAGACACAGAGGUUCUUAUGUACUAGAAAAAAAUAUUAAAAAAGAUGCUCAAGAUAUUGUGUCUUUUGAAUGGAGUUUAAAAAUAAUUUCUACUCCUUCCAAUAAUUUUAAGCUUGACGUUGAUUCUAUGUUUGAAAAAAUGACUAUUGAGGAUUUUCAAAGAUUUUACAACUCUAGAGUGUCCAAAAGUUCUGCAACAAGCAUUAAAUGGAUAAAUGUGAUAAGAGAUCUCUUCGCUGAAGUACAGGGAGUUAAUAUCGAAGAAUCUGAAGUUAUUGCAGUAGUAGAUAAAAAUUAUUUUAUAGCAUUAAGUUAUCUUAUUAAUCGAACCCCCAUUAGAACUAUUGUAAAUACAAUGCAUUGGUGGUUAAUAAGGAAUCUCGGUACUUAUACAAAUAAACGAAUGAGUAAUUUAAUUGAUGAUGUUUUACCAGGAGGUUUAUCAGUUGGUCAAAGUAAAAAUAGUCAAGAUACUCCUAGAUGGUACACAUGUACGAUGCAAAAUGAAAUGACACACGCGUAUUCUUAUGCUUAUGUUAAAAAAUAUUUUCCUAAACGCGCACAACAAAUUGCUACCAAAUUAGUCCAUAAAAUAAUAAAUGGAAUGAGAAGACAAAUUGAAAACAGUAAAUGGCUUGAUAACUAUUCAAAAGAAGGAGCUUUAAAAAAAGUACAAAGUAUGAAAGAAUUUAUUGGAUUUCCUCGUUGGUACGAUGAUCCAAAUGCUGUUGAUAAUUAUUAUAAAGAUAUUAAGCCAAGUAUAUUUUAUUUUAAAAAUAUAUUGAUGAUGUUCAGACUCAGUAAAACGGAAGAGUUGAAAUUAUUACGAGAGCGUGUUACUAACAAUAAGUACGUAGCAAUGUAUUUAUUUAUUUUUUAUUAA